GAAGUUAUGAUUGGGUGAAUAUGCAUCUCACAUGAAGUAGUGAUGCAAAAUUGUUGUGGUUUCUGUUCCCGCUAUAAAAUUGAGAAAUGUUAUAUGAUUGUUUGCAAAUUACUACAAUAGUUGAGGAUCAUAGGUUGAGAGAAUAAAGCAAAUUGCAAUGGCCACGCCUGCGGUUGCCCCUACUUCCAACCGCCAACCCACGACCUCCGUGGCCGCCUCCGACGCCAUCGCCGCCGCCUUCGUUCCCAACCCUGCUUUCCGCACCUUCCUUAACCAAAUCACCGAGAACAUACGCAAUGGCCUUUCCCAGCGCCGCCCCUGGCACGAACUCGUCGACCGUUCCGCCAUCUCCAAGCCCGAAUCCUUAUCCGAAGCCACUCUCCGCAUCCGCAAGAACUACGCGUAUUUCCGGACCAACUACUACGUCCUCGUCGCCGCCGUGAUCGGAUUAUCGCUCCUCAGCAACCCCUUCACCCUCUGCCUCCUCCUCGGUCUCCUCGCCGCCUGGCUCUUCCUCUACGUCUUCCGCCCUAUCGAUCAGCCUCUCGUCCUCUUCGGCCGCGUCUUCUCCGAUUUCGAAAUCCUCGCCUGCCUCAUUCUCUCCACUAUCUUCGUCCUUUUCCUUACCAGCGUCGGAUCCCUUCUCAUCACCUCAUUGCUCGUCAGCGUCGCCAUUGUUGGCGCCCAUUCAGCUUUCCGCGUCCCCGAAGAUUUCUACUUCGAAGAGCAACAGGCUCAGGCUCAGGCUCCCACUCCCGCCUCGAGUAUCAUCUCCUUGUUGACUGGCGCUACCACAAAAGCUGCCGCCGCUCCGCCCACUGCAGUUCGGGUUUGAUCUGGAAUUCACAAAUUCAAUGCCGGGUUUGUCUUUUUUUUUUUUUUUGGGGUAAAUUUGUGAAAUUAUUUUUAUUUUUAUUUUUAGGUAGUUAAGAAAAAUGACAUCAAAAUCAAAUGAUGAUACCAUUUGUAAUUCAGAUUUGUGGUUCUUUUAAUUUAGGUGUAAAUGUAUCUUUUUCUUCUUGGUGA